UCUUAAGUAAAGAGCUAAGGACUGGGCACAUCGCUAGCGUGCCUACGUCUUUUGAGGUUACAAGGCACACAACCCUAGUGGGAUUUGAGGAAACCUGGGUUCUGUAAAUCGCGACUAGUCGGAGUUUAGAGCUUCUGUCGCCGGACGUCUAGAGGUGGUGUAGUUCACAAGAGUUUGUUGCUUCUCCUGUACAGAUGGGUUGGAAAGCGGCACAAAAGCUUAUACAGAACUGGAAGAUUGUCAGAGGCGACAAUGUGAUGAUAAUAAGAGGCAAAGAUAAAGGCGAGACUGGUGUGAUCAAGCGUGUCAUUCGCUCCCAGAAUCGUGUUAUUAUUGAGGGCAAAAAUCUGGUGAAGAAACAUAUCAAACAAGGACAAGGUCAUGAAGGUGGAAUCUUUACAGUGGAAGCCCCUCUUCAUGCAUCAAAUGUUCAAUCUCUCGAUCCAGUCACAGGGAAACCUUGUAAGGUUGGAGUCAGAUACCUAGAGGAUGGUACCAAGGUAAGAGUUUCAAGAGGUCAAGGAGCAUCAGGGGCCAUAAUUCCCCGUCCGGAGAUCUUAAAAAUUAGGACCACUCCAAGACCUACCGUAGGUAAAUAUCUCUCAACUACUUUAGAUGUGAUUUUCUUACAAUGGUUUCUGCUGACGGGACUUUGACAUUUCUUGUUUAUU